GAAAACAAUUUCCACUAGCACCUGAAGAAAAUGGAAUACUACUCCUCAUUGGAUGCAUCCCAAUUGGACUCAGAGUCACCGACAUUGUUCGAGUUGAUUUCAGCAAACCAGUUAGAGUCUUUACUUUCGCCUUCCCUCCGAUAUAUUCUUGUCCACUAUGCUAGCAAGUAUCCAUACUACUUGUUGAAAGUAGUUAACAACUUUGAUGAAUUGAAUCUAUUCCUUCGGUCAUUCAUAGAAUGGUACUUUAUAAGGUACUGGCAAGGAUCGUUCACGGAGAACUUUUAUGGGCUAAAACGUAUCAGUCAAACACCUUUAUCUGACCCCAAAUACAAUAGCAGUAAAUUGACUCAAUUGGUUCCGCUGUUGAUUGAAGAAAGAAGAGUUUUAAGCAGCUUACAACGGUUCGUAUCGAUAUUUGAAGUCACCGGUUUGGCAUAUAUCAACGAGAAGUUCACUUACUGGUAUGAAAUUUGGUAUCCUAAAAUGAUUACCAACCAGUUGGUGCCGAGUGAUGAAAAUUCAAAAGCAGAUGUGUAUAAGACCAAUUUGAAGAAGUUGUUUGUCAAGUACUAUCCUUACAUACAAAGUAUAUUCAAGGCUGCUAACUUAAUCGCCUCUUUGAUGUACUUGAGCGGUAAUACCAAGUCACCUAGCCUUUUAACGUAUUUGUUUAAGAUCAACUUUUCCCGUUUGAACCAGUAUGACUACACCAAAAACGAGCCCAGGCCAAUUCCAAAAGAUCAUAGGAGAGCCAAUAGAGUUAAUCCUCCUACCACUCUAGAAUAUUUAUUACGGUUUUUAACCAAUAAUCUCACCAGGCCAUCUUGGAAGGUUUUGAAACUCAUAUUGGGUACAUUUUUCCCCAUGGCUAUUUUCUCUCUUAAGUUUCUUGAGUGGUGGAAUAACUCCAACUUUUCUCAAAGGUUGAAGAAGAACCAGGGUGAUAGUUUGGAAUCUAUAUUACCUCCUCCUUCAUUAUUGACCAACUUAAAAGCUAAACCAAAGUCAUUCUACAAAUCAACCAAAACAUGUCCUUUGUGCCAAGAAGAGAUAUCCAACCCUGCUAUAAUCGAAACUGGAUAUGUUUUCUGUUACAGCUGUAUUUACAACUACCUUGCCAACUCCCAUAAAAUAGUAGCUGCAAAAUCUAGGGCAACAAAAAUAGACGACCCAGAAGAUUCCGACAGCGAAAAGGAGGAAGACGAUGAGGGAAAUGAAAAGCCAGAAAAGGCAUCAAGUGAAUCCUUUGACCUCUCUAAAGGUGGAAGGUGUCCUAUUACUGGUAAGAAAUUGCUUGGUUGCAAAUGGAACGAAUUAAAAGGCGAAUAUGAUAUCGAAGGUAUAAGGCGGCUUGUCUUUUAAAAUGAGCCAUCUUUGAGUCCUGGUGACCUUCAUGAACCUCCCUUCUUUCAAACGUUUGUUUUUUACAUUACGAUAUUUACGAAAUAUAAAGCCACAGU